UCAAUCACCACUGCAGAAUAGCCUGGACCUUCAUAUAAACGUGUGAAAACUGUGUGGAAUGGACAGAAUAGAAGGACGAAUAGAGGAGAGAGGGUACUGGGGCAGUAAAGCAGAGUUUCUUCUGGCUGUGGCAGGGAAUGUGGUUGGACUGGGUAAUGUGUGGAGGUUUCCUUAUCUCUGCUACAAGUAUGGAGGAGGGGCGUUCCUGAUACCCUACCUGGUGUUUGUUGUUACCUGUGGGGUGCCUCUGUUCCUACUAGAGACCGCAAUGGGACAGUACACACGGGAAGGGGGUAUCACAUGUUGGCAUCGCCUCUGUCCACUGGCUGAGGGUAUUGGCUACGCAGGACAACUGAUUCUUCUGUACAGCUGCAUGUAUUACAUCGUCAUUCUGGCCUGGGCGCUUUUCUACCUCUUCUUCUCUUUCAGUGCCCAACUGCCUUGGGCCAGCUGUGACAACACCUGGAACACAGAUGGCUGUGUAAAUCUUGCUGCAAAGAAUUUGACCAUCAACCGGACAUCUCCAAUUAAUUCAACACCUGCAGCUACUGAGUUCUGGGAACACAGAGUGUUGGCUCUCUCUGGGGGUAUUGAGGAGAUUGGUAAGAUCAACUGGGAGAUUCUUCUGUGUCUCAUUGCAAUGUGGAUCAUAUGUUAUUUCUGUAUCUGGAAAGGAGUCAAAUCUACAGGCAAGGUGGUGUAUUUCACAGCCACAUUUCCUUAUGUGAUGCUACUGGUGUUGCUGAUUCGUGGGUUGACUCUUCCUGGAGCUCUGCAGGGGGUUGUGUUUUACCUGUACCCCGAACCGGCCCGUCUCGCUGACCCACAGGUUUGGCUGGAAGCCGGAGCUCAGAUCUUAUUUUCCUACAGUGUGUCUGUUGGCACUCUCACUGUUUUUGGCAGCUACAAUAAAUAUAACAACAACUGCUACAGGGACUGCUUGUGGCUUUCACUUCUGAACAGCAGCACCAGUUUGGUGGCUGGCUUUGCAGUGUUCUCUGUUUUGGGAUUCAUGGCCCAAGAGCAGGGCGUCCCCAUAGGAGACGUGGCAGAAUCAGGUCCAGGACUAGCGUUCAUAGCUUAUCCACAGGCAGUAGCCAUGAUGCCUCUCCCUCAGUUGUGGGCUGUUUUUUUCUUCAUCAUGAUUAUUUUGCUGGGGAUAGAUACACAGUUUGCUUCAAUGGAAGCUGUCAUGACAUCAGUGAUAGACCUGUUCCCUGUGGUGCUGCGCAAAGCAGGACGACGAGAAAUUUUACUCCUAGUCUUCUGUCUCACUUGCUUCUUUGGUCAGCUCAUCAUGGUUACAGAGGGGGGGAUGUAUGUAUUCCAGUUGUUUGACUACUAUGCCUGUAAUGGAGCCUGUGUUCUGUUCCUGUCUGUGUUUGAGUCUCUGGCCAUGGGUUGGAUCUUUGGGGCUGAGAGAAUGUUUGACAUUAUUGAAGACAUGACAAAGUCACGCCCUAACUACAUAUUUAUGCUGUGCUGGAAAUACCUGACUCCUCUCGUGUCCCUGGUUUCUUUCAUCUGUUCUAUGGUGGAGUACCAGCCCCUGACUUUUAACCGCUGGUAUGUGUACCCGGACUGGGCAUACGCACUAGGUUGGUUACUGGCCCUGUCCUCCAUUCUGCUGGUGCCUGGAUGGGCGCUGGUUCGAAUGUGUGCUGGGAAAGGGAGUCUGAAACAGCGUUGGUGUCACCUGUGUAGUUCUGAUACAGAGCUUCCUCUCACCUCUAAACAACUAGCUGAAAUGAAGGAAACUGCUUUCACUGCAGAGAUGGAAGACUUAAUCAGGAGGGACAUAGAGGAACAUGAAAAUGGACUUUGAAAGAAAAAUUAUUGAAUUUUGUAGUCAGUAUUUUCAUUGCUAUUCUUGUGAAUAAAAACCUGAAGAAACAAG